AUGCCUGAAGAAAAUAAGAUGGUAUCUUUUCAAAAUCACACUCAUACCCAAACCAAGAAAACAGAGAGUUCCUGUGCAAAGACCCCUGUGGAAGUGAUUCAUAAACCAAAGAAGAUAUGCAAGGCCUUCCGGGAUAUUUCUACAUACUUUUCUGAGGAAGAGUGGGCAAAGCUGACCAAAUGGCAGAAAAGUGCCUAUGUGUAUAUGAAAAGAAACUACGUCAGAAUGACCGGCCUAGGGAUCACAGUCAACCAACCAGUUUUCAUGCGACACAAGAAACAGACCAACAAUUCUCUGGUCAAAUGUAUUGAAGUUCAUGACAGUGAAGGCAAUCAGGUAAAUGCUUGGAGCAAUCGGUUGCGAGAAAGGAAGACUAGAGUGAUAUAUGAAGAGAUCAGUGACCCUGAAGAAGAUGAUAGUGAUUACUUUAUCUGUAAGUAG